UGACUCUCAGUUUGAGUGCGUGUCCAAAUGGGGAAUUCCCUUAUAAAAUCCCCCGCCUCACGAUUUCUUUAUUUUCUGUAUGUGUUUUAAACCUAAUGUUCUUUCUGUAUAACUAAAUUAUAACAAUUUUAAAUCUAGAAAAUAUGGCGGAGUACUUCUACGAUAAAUGGACAGACUUUAUUGAGUGCUGGGUCACACCAGUUACAAGAACUCUACAGGAAAAAAUGUAUCAAGCUUAUGUAACAAUUUGCUUUGUUGUUAAAAUCAUACAUCUACACUACCUACACUUAAAACAGAUUUAUAUUGCGCGAACUUUGCAUUGCGCUCUUUGUCAACUCUUCAUAGAAUAUCGUGAAGAAUUAUUCCAGGGCGUUUUAUCUGCUAGUACAAUAUUAACACCAGCUUUGGAGCAACAGCAUAACUCAAUCGUAGAGGCAAAAGUAAAGCGGUUUAUAAAGAAGUUAAAAUUGCCGAUAUUAAGUCAAAAAUACAAGGAACAAAUUUCAUGUGCACUUAAUGUGUAUUUCUAUCAUGUAAAACGUAUGGCUGCCGAAGCCAAUAAAUCCAGCCAAGAUUUUCAGUUCGGGCAAGUUGUUGUUCAGUUGGUAGCUGGUGACAUUGUAAAACAAGAAUGUGAUGUCAUAGUAAACAGUGUUGAUUCUUCAUAUAACUUAAAUUUAGGCAAAAUAUCUGCAUCAAUAUACAAACACGUGGAUAAACAAGUCCAGCAAGAAUGCCACCAGAAUCGCAUAGAUGGAUGUGAUUACUUUCGUUUAACAAGUGCUGGAAGUUUGCCUUGCAAGUGGAUCUUGCAUUUCGUGGUACCGGAUGAUCUUCAAGAGAUGUCUGAUUCAUUUCUGCAGCUUUUGCAGUAUGCUGAUUCUGAUGCUUUGCAAGCUAAAACAAUUGCAGUACCAUGUCUUGGAAUGGGAAACCAGCGAAAAAAACUUGAGUCUGUUAUUUUAUUCUUCAGAGAUUCAAUACAAUGUUUCACAUGUUUUGGCUCUGUAAAGUGCAUUCAGUAUAUCAAGAUCAUAAUACAAUCUAAGUCAUAUCAGGAGUUUUGUUCUUGCUUCCAACACAGCUUAACAAGCAGUCCAGUGGAAAAUGGUUUACAACUGAAAAGAGGAACAGUUUUUAACAAUGUCCAAAAAUGGAAUCAAUGUCAGUUUUGUGAAUAUGUAGCUCAUAAGCUGCAACUCACAGAGAUAGAGGAAUACAAGUUGCAGAAGAUUGCGUGUAAAACUCGAACCAAUAUUUCGAAAGAUGGUCCUAAAAGGAUAAAAAUCGAAGGCCUUAAAAAGGAUUUUGUGCUGCGUGCUGUGCCAAAAGUUACGAAGCUUCUCACAAAACUUAAAGCUGCCUAUACAGUUUCAAAUCAUGUACAAUGGUUGUAUUGGACAAGUUAUAAACUGAUACCAUACAAUACUGCUUCAUCUUAUAAGAUAGAGAUGGCUUAUCUUGAUGCAAAGAAUAAGGAAACCUACGAUGCAAAUACUCUUGUUGUGUUUGCUAAUCGAUGGAGGCAUCAGAUCAACUUUGAAAGAAUGAAAUACUUUACCAUAGAUUCAAAGCAUACUGGAAAAUUGCUUCGUAGAACAAAUGAUCUACCUAAAACAUGGGAUUUAACUGGAAAGCCAAAAUACUUAAAUUUUGUCAAUCCUCAGUCAGAGGAAUUCAAAGCUAUUGAAAACCGCUUGGCAACUGCUGUUCCAACCAUAUCUGACAUAAAGAUAGAGAGAGUACAGAAUGAAUCACUGUACCGGCUGUACAGUGUUAAGAAACAAGAGGUUCUUUUACAUCUUCAGUCUGAUCGUGUGGCUGAAAUGGAUUUGUAUCAUGGUAGUCCUAAUUAUGAAACAAUUGCAGGAACAUAUUUUAAUCGUGGAUAUGCAGGAGCAACAGGAACUCUUUAUGGCAAGGGUACAUAUUUUGCUACUGAAUUGCAAACAGCUAUGAAACAUUGUGACCGUCAAGAUGGAUACUAUACUGUCAUUCUAGCCACUGUUUUGACUGGCAACUAUACAAAAGGUUAUGGAAACAUGAGAGAUGCUGGUGUUAAUAAAGAUGGUGUUUUGUAUGAUAGUUCAGUUGACAACGAAUCAAAUCCAAAAUUUUUUGUUGUGUAUCACGAUGCGAGUGCAUACCCCAAAUAUGUGGUAACUUUUACCACAAAAAAGUAAUUUUUACUUAAUUUCUUCACUUCCUAGUUUGUAUUUCAAUUUAAUAAGUGCCGGCAAUCAUUUUUAUAUUUGUAAUUAGUUUAUUAGUUUCUCGUUUUUUGAUUACUUCCUAGAAAAUGUUAUUAUUCCAAUUUAAUAAGUUUUUAUCAUUUUUAUAUUUGUUAUUAUUUUAUUAGUAUCCCGUUUUUUUAUUCUUAUUCCCAUUUCAUAAAUUUUAAUCAUUUUAAUUUUUGUAAUUAGUUUAUUAGUAUCUCAUUAUUUGAUUCCUUUCUGUCAAAUAUUAUUAUUCCCAUUUAAUAAGUUCCAAUCCUUUUAAUUUUUGUAAUCACUUUAUUAGUAUUUCGGAUUUUUGUAACUCCCUAUAAAAUGUUAUUAUUGCUUUCAUUCUACUAUCUACAUCUUUCUUCACUGCAAAAACAGUAUUCAUUCUGAUUCCCAUAAUACAUUAACUUACUAUAA